AUGCAAGCUUCCUCUCACUUCGCCGACGGCGACGGUUCCACCGCGGGGAGGGGGGGCGUGGCGCCGAGGUUAGGCGGCACGCGAUUCGCGCGCCGCGCCGUGCCCUCGCCAGAGGUGACGCGCCGCGUCGGAGGCGGAAGUGGUCUGGCAGCGCUCUUACGUCGCGCGCGACCCGCCCCUUGCCUCUUCCGGUGCGCCGUGCUGCCGUCAUCGCCCUCGUUCGAUGGCGUUCGCGCGCGCGUGCCCCCGUUCGGUUCGCCUGCCGCCCGAUUAGCGGACACGCGGAUUGAAUCUACCUCCCCCCCCCCCGCGCUGAUUGUGAAGGUGAGCGUCGGUGGCAAUGUCCCCUACGGCGGCAGUGCUAGCAAUGGCGGCGGUGGCCCGCGGCGUGGUGCCGGUAGCAGGGGGGCGCACACGGCGGCCCGCAGAUUUAUCGCAACCGGCUCCCCCGGCGGCGCGCUGCACCCUUUCGUCGCCGCGCCGCCGCCGCGGGCGGGUCGCGUGGCGCGGCGCGGCGCGGCGCUUCGCGUCACAGGGGGUGCGCGUCCGGGAGCCCUGCGUCUGACGUCACCGGCCGCCCUGGCGCGUGCCGUGCGGUCGCGGGGCGCGGCGCCCGUGAGAGCGUUCCCGCUGCCUCCGGCCGGCAAGUCGCCGUCGGCGGUGGCCGCCGCCGCCGCCGCCGCGGCCGCCGCGGCCGAGGACGCCGUGGCGUCGGCUCACGUGCCGUCGCCGGCGUCUGAGUACUACAUCAAUCGUUAUAAUGUCAAUAUUAGUUCAUAA